ACUCUCCCUUCACACAUACUUUCUUUUCAGUUUAACCUAUUCGCCUACUCUCCCUCUCUGCAACUUCAGAAUCACAGUGACUCAAAUUUCCAUAUAAUACAAAAUAAUGGUGUUACCUGGCGCAGGCGGUGGCGGUGUCGGUGCCGACGGUCGGGCUCCCCCUUCGCCCCGAGGAUUUUUAUCAGCUCCGUUGCCAAAACCCAUUGAAGAACUGAAGGAAUCCACUGACGCAGAGAAUGAUCUGGACAUGCCUGAUGAACAGCGAGGGCCGUACUAUUCAUCGUCGUCGGCGUCGAAGAAAGAAGAGGCACUCAAAAUCGUGACAAUCAAAAUGGAAGAGGAGGGAGAAGACGACGACCUAGAAGCCUUUGAUUAUAUGGACGGAGGCUAUCGGUUUAAACUCGCUGACGGAGUGGAGAAUACGAACAGAAAUGGAAAUGGAUCGCCCUCUUCGUCAUCAUCAGUCGGUCUGCCUAAGCCAAUGGAGGGACUGCACGAGUCGGGACCACCACCGUUCUUGAAAAAGACGUUCGAGAUGGUGGAGGAUCCGGAGACCGAUUCGGUCGUUUCGUGGAGCAAGAAUCUUGACAGUUUCGUUGUUUGGGACUCUCAUGAAUUCUCCAAAAAUCUGCUUCCCAAAUAUUUUAAGCACAGCAACUUCUCCAGCUUCAUCCGCCAGCUCAAUACCUAUGGAUUUAGGAAGAUUGAUUCAGAUAGAUGGGAGUUUGCGAAUGAAGGGUUUCGAGGGGGCAAUAAAGAUUUGCUCAAGAACAUCAGUAGGAGGAGGAGAUUUGAAAAGCAGAAACAGGGAGCCACAUCUCAUGUCAUUUCAUCGAAGCCUGCAUUGGAAGCUGAGGUUCAAUCCUUGAUGACUGAUCAGAACAUGUUGAGAGGUGAAAUCCUGAAACUGAGACAGCAACAACUGGAGGCAGAUGACCAAAUAGGUGCUGUCGGAGAGCGCAUACGAACAGCAGAAUUUAAGCAAUUACAGAUGUUCAUAUUCUUCAUCAAAGCAACCAAAAACCCUGGACUUAUCCAACAACUAAUGUACAAGAAAAAGCAACAAACAGCUCUACAUGGUGGUGAAUUCAUCAAGAGGCGCAGGUUACUCAGGACCCCGGCAAUUGACCAAUGUGCCGGUUGUAGAAAUCAAGUGCAGGAGCAACUGACUGAAGUUCAACCCAACAAUGGUGAUGUGUUGCCUGGCGGAAUGGAUACCUUCACAAUGCAGAAGGGUUGUCCAAGAAGUGACGACUUCUGCUACCCUGUUGGGGGUCAUAGGGAGAAUCUGAUGUGCGGAGCAAGUGCUCCUGACAUGUUUUCUACAUAUUAUGGAAUGUCGGAGAAGUUGAUGGGAGAUAACAUGGUUCUUGAGAAUUUGGUAGAUGAAGACCUUGCUGUGAAUGACACUAACCUAUGUUUUGAGUUGGAGGAUUUGAUUACGAAGCCUGAAUUGGAGGAUUUAAGUAAGAAGCGGCCAAGUUGGGGAGGAUUUGUGAGUGAGAUGGUUGAGCAUAUCGGCUGUGUUGGCGCAAUAAAUUGAUGUUAGCAAUGGUAUUACCUAUUUGUGAGUGAUAUGGUAUUGCCUAGCUAGCAAUGUAGACAAAGUUGCAGUUGCUCUUGUUGGAAUUCGCGGGAUUGGAGAAUACUAGCAGUUGAAUUGCCAGGAUUGGAAUUUUAAGGGAUUUUGAUUCUACUGGAGAUCUGGGUGUAUCGAUAUUGUUGCAUGUUUAUAUUUCCUUUCUUGAACGUUUUCCUCUUCCUUAACAAUAGGCUUGUACAAAUCCCUUCUGCAACAGCAGCAUAUAAGUAUAUAAUGAUAGAACAGAUCUUGUAGCAUCAAAAUCUUUUGUAAGUUUUUGUGGCUGGUAAAUGAUAGUUCAUCACUACUGCUAAUUUUC